AUGAUGCCUAAUCAUGACAUUCCCGCUCAACAAUGUCAACCGAAAUAUAUUAUUCAAGCUGAUAAAUCUGAAUAUGAUACAAAUGAUAUCAUUCGAAUUACUGUUCGUGCUCCAGCAGAUAAGGAUUAUUUUAGAGGUAUUCUUUUAAUUGCAAAAAAUGAAAAUAAUCAACAAAUUAUUGGUACUUGGUCAAUAACAAAUUCAUCCAUUAAAACAAUUGCUUGUGAUGAAAUAGAAAACACAGGUAUAACUCAUGUAUCAUUAACUGAUAAAAUACAAAUAGAAGCAUUAUGGCAUUCACCUUCAAUCUUACCUGCAGGAAAUACUAUCAUUAAAGCAACAAUUGUUAAAUCUUACGGUGAAAUAUAUGUUGAUUGUUUUAAUAUUACAUUAAAACCAAAACAAAAUAAUAAUGCACCACAAGUUCAAUCAACGAUAAUAAAUACUGAAAGAGAUACAUCAAGAAAAACAAAUACAAAUGUGAUGUGGAAUUAUGCGAAUAAUAUAGUAACAGUAACAAUGAAUACAGAACAAGUUAAUAUCGGUGAAUGGCAUGCUAUUGGUUUUUCACUUGAUCAACAGAUGGGUGAUGAGUAUGUAUUUAUCUGUCAAGUUUCUGCAACAGGUGUUACAUCACUUCGACGAAUGCAUACAAAAGCUGGCAAACGACCACCAUCUACUACUGUUGAAAAAGUAAAUGUCACUAGUGCCGUAUAUGAAAAUGGUCGUACUACCUGCCAGUUUUCAUUUGAAACAAUAUCUGGACAAGCUACUGAUGAACCAGCACCGAUUGUUACUGGAAAAGAUUAUUAUUUAAUUUUUGCUGCUGGAGUAUUAAGAACAGAAGAACAAGUAGCUAAACAUAAUCUAACAUUUGUUUCAUCUAAAACUUAUCAACUACAAAAUUCUGAAACAAUUAAUUUUGAUGAAUCAGCUACAACCACACCAAUGCCGAUUACAACAACAGCUCCCUCAACAAGUGAUAUUAGAGGUAAUAUUAGUUGGACAUAUACUAAUGGUGUAACAGAUGUUAAAAUGAUAAUUACUAAUUUAAAAAUAUCACAAUGGUUAGCAAUUGGUCUUUCAACUGAUGAUUCAAUGGGACAAGAUCAUGUAUUCAUUUGUCAACAUUUAGCUGAUAAUACUAUUUCUCUACAACGUUUCCUUAAUCCUGAUGGUCAUGCACGACCAGUUUUAGCUAAUGUUCUACCGAAUGUAGGUGGUACUUUUAAUGUUAGCCGACAAAAAAUUGAAAAUGGUAUAGCUUAUUGUGAUUUUACAUUGUCGAAUUUUGUAAAUGCAAAACGCCAAACACGUCAGCUUCUUAUUCCUAACCUUUCUCAGACUGCGUCAUAUCAACCAUUAAUAGCUAUGGGAAAUCUUGAUAGUUCAAAUAUGUUAAUAAGACAUGCACGAAAUGCUCGUACACCAUUAUCAAAAAAUGUUCUAUUGAAUCAACCAGAAAUAAUUAAUCUUGACGAAUUGGUUACAACUACAACAACAGCUUCACCAGCAACUGAUAUCAGAGUUAAUGUUAGUUGGACAUAUACUAAUGGUGUAACAGAUGUUAGAAUGAUAAUUACCAAUUUAAAAAUAUCACAAUGGUUAGCAAUUGGUCUUUCAACUGAUGAUUCAAUGGGACAAGAUCAUGUAUUUAUUUGUCAACAUUUAGCUGAUAAUACUAUUUCUCUACAACGUUUCAUUAAUCCUAAUGGUCAUGAACGACCAGUUUUAGCUAAUGACUUACCAAAUGUAGGUGGUACUUUUAAUGUUAGCCGACAAAAACUUGAAAAUGGUAUAGCUCAUUGUGAUUUUACAUUAUCGAAUUUUGGAAAUGCAAGACGUCAUUCACGUCAGAUUAGUUUUCCUGAACUUUCACAAACUACCACAUAUCAACCAUUAAUAGCUUUUGGAUUUUUAGAUAGUUCAAAUGUAUUACAGAGACAUUCACAAAAUGCUCGUACAGCACUAUCAGAAAAGGUUUUAUUAAAUCGAGCAGAAACAAUUGUCUACAAUAUAGGAUCAACUGGAUCAGAUUCAACUGCUCUAAUGAAAGCACAUGGUAUUAUAAUGAUAUUUGCAUGGAUAGUACUUGUUUCAACUGGUAUUUUAAUUGCACGUUAUUUUAAAAAAUCAUGGUCAACACGAAAAAUUUGUGGUAAAGCAGUUUGGUUUGCAAUUCAUCGUACAUUAAUGACCAGUGUUGCUAUUUUAACAUUGAUUGCAUUUAUUCUUAUUCUUGUCUAUAAAAAAGGUCAAUGGAUAUCACAAAAAAAUCAACGUGAAUUUGCUCAUUCAAUAGUUGGUAUACUUGUUAUAAGUUUUGCAGUAAUUCAACCAUUCAUGGCAUUAUUUCGUUGUAAUCCAGAUGAUGAUUAUCGUUUUAUAUUUAAUUAUGCACAUGCAUUUGUUGGUUUCAGUGCAUUUAUACUUUCAAUUGUUGCAAUAUUUUUAGCCAUGUUUUUUACACAAUUUAAUUUUCAAGCAAAUAAAGAAUGGGCUAUUUUAGUUACAUGGACAUGUUGGUUACCUAUUAUUUUUAUUAUAUUUGAAAUAAUAGAAUAUUAUUUUCAAAAACAUAUCAACAAUGAAAAAACAAAUUCUUAUAACAUGAAUGAUCGUCAUGGAACAGGAACAACAAAAACAGACACAAUCGAAUCAAAAGAAAAUGCCACUAAAAGUCGAAUUAAAAGUUUUUUUCUUUUAGUUCAUUUUAUAAUCGCUUUUGGAUUGUCAUUAGCAUUAAUGAUUCUCAUUGGACAGGCAUAA